GUUCCCUGCAUCGACUGACAGUCUUUGACCCCGCACUGAUUGGGAUUUGGAUUCGGGCUGGGAUCAUAUUACAUCAAGCUGAAAACCGAGGAAUCCCACAACAAUGGCUUUCCUCGGGCUGUUAGACAACCCAUGGGUGUCCGGGUCACUCAUCCUGUCAUCGGCUUUUCUCCUUGCGUUGCCAAGGAGGAUUCGCACUAUUCGCAGCUCCCCAAGGAAGUCAAUACCUACCGGGCGGGUUACCAGGCAGAUGAUAGCGGUGACACGACUAUGGUCGUAUGAGAAUAAUCUAGAUGAUGUGGCCAUGUACGACGCCUAUCUAUCAGCUAUCGCAGCACUGGGAAUCGUCGUCAUCUCGGUGCUGCAACAUAACCGCAGCGUACAGCCUUCAUCUCUCGUACCAGUAUAUCUGAUCCUCUCACGGUUACUAGAUAUUUGCCAAGUCUGGACAGAAAGAUGCAGUCCAGGCAAUUGUCAGCUAGUUAACUUACGAGCGUGUCUGGGUGGCGUCUGGCUGGCCUGGGAUCCCCAGCUUAGAGACUGGAUCUGGUACCAGACUCUCUCCGAAUCUUCCACCUCGGAAGAGCAUGCUGGACUUCUUAGUCGGGUAUUUUUCUACUGGAUAAGUCCCGUGUUGAAAGAGGGGUACAAUGCUACACUCACUCUGAAAGGAUUACCUGAAAUUCACAGCAAGCUAUCGUCAGAAUCCCUUCGAAGGAAGGCUUUGGAAGCGUGGUCCUCGAGAACUGAGCCGGUUACAAAGUGGACUCUACCGCUCACAUUGGUACGCUGUCUGAAAGAGGCCUUCCUCUCGCCGAUCAUCCCUCGUCUAUUUGUCAUUCUAUUUCGCUACGUUCAACCGAUAUUCAUGGGCGCCGCGAUUCGCUUUGUGAAGGGGACAUCGUCUGAAGUCUCUGGCUCUCACUUGGUACUCUACGCUGCGGUGAUAUAUGUCGGGAUGGCGGUAUCUGCAGCAGUUUACCAGCAUCAAAUCAAUCGAUUACGAAUCAUGGUGCGAGGCGCCUUAAUCAACCUCAUCUACCACCAAUCUUUGACCAUUCCAAGCACAUCUGAUUCGGAGAGUGUAGCGCUGAUGAGUUCCGAAGUUGACAGCGUCGAGUCGACCGGCGAGAUCUUCCACGAGACCUGGGCCCAGCUCCUCGAGGUGAUUGUUGGAACCGUGCUAAUGGCUGCUCGGAUCCAGUGGUUUGCCUUUCUUCCGCUGAUUAUAAUUUUCGGGUGUUCCCGAAUGAGCGCCUACGUUGCCAAACACUUAGAAGGCCGACAAAAAGCCUGGAACGUUGCGACUCAGGAACGCAUUGUCACGAUAACAGCGGCGCUGGGAGGGAUCAAGAGCCUGAAGAUGAUGGGAAUGGAGGAUGCGAUUGAAUCCAGGGUCUCGCAGCUCCGGGACAAUGAAUUACGCAUGUCUGAACGGCUGAGGUGGAUUUUGGUCGCGUAUAAUGCCAGUGCAAAUGCACUCGGGAUCUUCGCUCCGGUUCUGACGCUCAUCGUCUACGCCAUGUCCUCUCAAAGUGAGGGACUGCAUGCAAAUGAGGUCUUUACAUCUAUUGCUCUUCUGGUGAUGGUGACGCAUCCCGCCAACAUGGUCAUGACUUUGAUUCCACGGGCUGUUGGCGUGAUGGCGAACUUUUCUCGGAUUCAAAACUAUCUCAGCAAGCCCUCGGGUCGAGAUGUUCGAGAGUAUUCAGAUCCUGCCCGACAAUUCGCUUCAAUUGAUAACGUCUCGAUCCAACCUCCUUCGGUGGCUCAACCCAUCCUGGAGGAUGUCUGCUUGAGUCUUGGAAAAGGGGAGAUGAUGGUCUGUGCCGGUGCGGUGGGCAGUGGAAAGACUACAUUGGCCAUGGCCCUACUUGGAGAGGGACAUUUGACAUCGGGGUCUAUCCGUCUGGCAUCCAAGAAGAUCGCUUAUUGUGUUCAAGCACCCUGGCUACCUAGUGUCACCAUCCGCGAUGCCAUCACCGGUGGCUUUGAUCUCGAUCACAGAUGGUAUAAGACUGUCAUUGAUGUUUGCAGCUUGGUUCCUGAUCUGGAGUCACUCCCGGCUGGGGACAGGACGAUGAUUGAAAACAACGGUAUCAACCUCUCUGGGGGGCAGAGACAACGGAUAGCACUCGCUCGCGCAGUAUAUUCGCGAUAUGAUAUGCUGGUCCUUGAUGACCCGUUUAGUGCACUCGACGGUGCUGUUACGGAUCGUAUUGUAGGAAAGCUCUUGGGUCCGGGCGGGUUGUUGAAGAAGGCUGGCACGACAGUCCUACUGAUAAGCAAUUCGGCGAAACUCUUCCCAUUGGCAGACAGGCUAUUAGUUUUACGAGAUUCGAAGGCAUAUUUGCAAGAUUCUAGCAGCCUUCAGCAGAAGGAGUGGGCCGGAGUUUCUGUUUCCACCGAGAGCCAGCCCAUAGAGCCCCAGCGAGCAAAGAAUCCCGGCCAUACGCAUCAAAUGAAUGAUGCAGCCGAUGAUAUCUCCCGAAGAACGGGAGAUAUGGCUGUCUAUGGUUACUAUCUUAAUGCUGUCGGUCUAUCGAAUAUUUUGGUCAUGACAGGCUGCACAGCAACCUAUUCCUUUGGCUUGACAUUCUCGCAGUAUGUCCUAAAAUGGGCGACUGAGUCUUCUGACGGGCUAAGUGUCUAUCUGGCACUUUAUGCAGUCGUCUCGUUGAUGGCGUGGGCGGCCACUAGCGGGACGGUGUGGUCUGCGCAAAUGAAGAUUGCGAUUCGCUCCGGAGCGGUGUUGCAUGCUCAGUUACUCGCGCGAGUCCUGAGAGCACCUUUGGCAUACUUUACUGAAACGGACAUUGGUGUCACCCUUAAUAGGUUCGCUCAAGAUAUCAAGUUGAUUGACAAGCAGCUUCCUCCAGCUCUCGGCAACUUGAAUACCCAAAUCUUCAAGCUACUGAUGCAGGUUAUCCUCAUUCUCUCUGUGCAACCAGUCAUGAUCAUGACAGUCCCGGUCUGCUCCCUCUGCGUCUACAUUCUUCAAAAGAUUUACCUCCGGACAUCUCGCCAACUACGCUUCCUCGAUCUCGAGUCACGAUCACAAUUGUACACCAAUUUUCUCGAUACAGCAAACGGCGUCACCACAAUCCGCGCCUUCGGAUGGCAAGACAAAUUCACCGCCGAAAACAUCCAAGCUCUGGAUCUAUCCCAGAAGCCAUUCUAUCUACUUCUCUGCUUACAGUGCUGGCUCAAAGUGAUCCUGGACUGUCUUAUUGCAGUCGUUGCGGUAGUCCUCAUCGGACUGACCGUCAUGUUCAAAAGCACUACUACCGGGGCAGACAUUGGUCUGGCCCUCAAUCUGAUCAUCGUGGCUAACACCACGCUACUGCGGCUAGUUCAGAACUGGACAUCUUUGGAGACCUCGUUGGGGGCUAUUGCGAGGUUGAAAAGUGUGCAGGAGUGUGUUCCGAGUGAGGAGCGUGGUUUGACUUUGGAGCCAGACUCACGAUGGCCGGUGGGAGAUGUGCAGAUUGAUGAUGUUUCUGUCUCGUAUUCUGAGGCCUCCGAGCUAGCUUUGAGAAACGUCUCUCUACGUAUCACUCCAGGACAGAAGCUAAUCGUGAUGGGUUGGACGGGAAGCGGCAAAAGCACUCUCAUGCUCUCACUCCUCCAACUUCUCAACACCAAAGCAGGAUCCAUCCGAAUCGACAACAUCGACCUCGCACAAGUAUCCGUACGGACCCUGCGUCAACAAGGCAUCAUCGCAGUACCACAAGACGGAUUCAACAUUCCCACAGCGAGUCUCCGAUUCAACCUCGAUCCAUACCACACCAGCACCGAUGAAGCCAUUGCUACCGCCCUGAAAAGGACCCGUCUCUGGGAGAAGAUUCUAACAUCCUCCUCGACCCCACCCGACCAGAAAAGCACAACAAUCGACUUGGCACUCCUCCUCAACCGCCCUAUGUCACUCUUCCUCCCUCUCUCCGCUGGCCAACUCCAACUCUUCGCUCUGUGUCGUACUGUACUCCGUGUUCACGCGAAUACCUCUACGAAGCCUAUUAUUAUCCUUGAUGAGGCAAGCUCAUCUCUCGACCCGGAAACCGAGUCCAUUCUUGCGGAGAUCCUGCGGGAGGAUCUGAGGUAUCAUACGGUGGUGAUGAUUGCGCAUCGGGUUGAGGGCAUUAUGCAUGUGAUGAGAAAGGGGGUGGAUGCCGUUGCGACGAUGCAGGGGGGGCGGGUGCGGGGGGUGGAGGUUGUUGGU